AUGUCCGACGAAACACCAGCGACCCCACCCUCAACUGCUUUGUAUCCUAUUCUGGUAACACCGCCAGAAUCGGGAAAUUCUAUCGAGAACCCCAUACUUAUAUCCGAUUCUGAUGAAUCGGAUGCCUCGGAUACGGAGGCGCUUCGUGGAUUUGUUCGUCAGCUAUCCGACAAUACGGACGACACGCCUCAUAGGCUUCUCGAAUUACCAGUGGAUGCUCCAAAUGGCGGUGCUUCUCCAGAAAGCUGUGGCACCGGACGAUGUCUCGAAGGUACUCCGUCGGCCUCUGUGCGACCAAUGCCGAUUUGGACGCUAGAAACCAAAAUCAAGGAGGUUAUCCUGAAGACCGCGGAAGCAGAAGGACAAAGGCGAGGAUAUGCCUAUCUAUUCGCGGAUCCGAGCGAUGAGGCGGGAUAUUUCAAACUGGGGAAAUCUGAAAAUCCAGGGGAGCGCGAAAAAGUGCAUCAAAGUAAAUGCAAACAUCCCAACUUCACAGUGCUCGAUAUGCUGCCCCGGGGGCAGUCAGUUCCUUGGUACGGUCGUUUGGAAUCGCUGGCGCACGCUGAACUCGCCAAUGUGAAGUAUUUAUUCGAUUGCUCUUGCGGUACGCCCCACAGAGAAUACUUUACUGGAAGAGUGAAGGAGGCCUUAGAAAUCCUCAACUGCUGGUCCGACUGGCUGCAGGGCAACCCAUAUGACGAGGACCUCCAACUUUCUCCUUUCUGGAAAGAUAGACUUCGUCUUCUUGGAGGGAAAGCAUUUAGACAUCCCAGGUGCCCUAGUACUCAAUGUCGCUCCGCCAGGGACAUUGGUUCCAGCUCAUGUCAAGCAUGUCUCCGGCUACGCUUGAAAGCAUGGACGCAGGUGACAGACUUUGAUUAUUUCGAGUACGAAUGUCACAUGAGGAUUCGCUGGGAGUUUCUCCGUCAAGUCAUGUCCUUGAUGUGGCUGGCCCUUGGGAAUCGCACUUUAAUUCUCGUUGACGUCUGCGAGAGAAUGAAACGCCUAACCGCUUUCUUGUGGGCCCCGACGACUCUCUUGCAUUUGCUUUUGUUGUUAAUGCUCCAGCUCUGGCUCUCGAGCAACGCUCCUUGGGAAUCCAUUCUGUACUAUGCCAUGCCUUGCUUUUUUGCCCAUUGGAGGAUCACGAGCGAAUUGAGCGACACUCUAAAAGCCCAAACCAUUCCCCAGUCACCGCGCAAGAAGGCUACCAGGAGAGCUUCGAAUUCGCCAGGACACAAGAUCCUCACCGAAAUAGUCAGUGAAAGAGAGAUGCCGGAUGAACACGAACCUCCCUCUAAGAAGCGCUCGGUCAGCAUUCACGGAGCGAACGAUAUCUCAAAUACUCCCAGAGGCCAUCAAAGUGCCCCUAAUCUCCCUGAAAUGUCUGAAAUACCGAACCACAACGGCCCCAAACCGUUCUUGACUCCGGAGCGCGCAAAAAGGACAGUUGGUAAAAGCAGCCCAAAAGCCGGCACGAAACGACGAAAGAGCGAUGUUCGUUGA